CUAUUUGAAGCAUUUGUAGCACUCCAAGAAGUUGUGUCAUCUAUUAACUAUGUAUGUGGUGUGUACAUUAUUGUACUACAAGUUGCCUUGGAGAGGUACCAAUCUAGGUUGGAUAUUAAAAGGUCACCACAUCCCUUCCAAGCACAAUUAGACUAUUUGAAUAGAUUGGUGAAGGAUAGCGAUAUUGAUUGUCAUGAACAACUCCGAGUGAAUAGGCAUACCUUCAUGUGUCUUUGUACACUUGUUCGAAGUGUGGGAUUAUCUGAUUCCAAAUAUGUCCUCUUAGAGGAGAAAGUUGCAAUGUUCUUAAAUGUGAUUGCACACGACUAUAAGAAUCGCAACAUCAAGUUCAAUUUCAUGCGGUCUGGGCAAACAGUUAGUCAGUAUUUUAACGAUGUCCUGAAGGCUAUUUUACGCCUACAAGGUGUCUUACUUAAGACACCAGAGCCAAUAACUGCAAAUUGCACAGAUGAUAGAUGGAGGUGUUUUCAGAAUUGUCUUGGAGCUCUAGAUGGAACUUAUGUUAGGGUUCGUGUUCCUGCAAUAGAUAAGCCAAGAUAUAGAACACGGAAGGGUGAAAUUGCUACUAAUGUCUUGGGUGUUUGUUCCCAAGACAUGCAAUUCAUUUAUGUGUUGCCUGGAUGGGAAGGGUCAGCUUCAGAUUCUAGGGUACUUAGAGAUGCUGUGAAUAGACCAAAUGGUUUGAAGGUGCCGACGGGUUUCUACUAUCUUGUAGAUGCGGGUUACACUAAUGGAGAGGGUUUCUUAGCGCCGUAUAGAGGGCAACGCUAUCACCUCUCUACAUGGAGAGAAGGGGGUAUCCCAGUGAAUCCUGAGGAGUUCUUCAACAUGAAGCACUCUGCUGCUCGUAACGUUAUUGAGAGGUGUUUUGGGUUACUCAAGAUUAGGUGGGCAAUACUGAGAACUGCUUCGUACUACCCAAUCAAGACCCAGGGUCGUAUUAUUACUGCAUGUUGCCUUCUCCACAACCUCAUCAGACGUGAAAUGCCAAUGGAUCCAUUUGAGUUCGAGUUAAAUAACACUCCUAUACCUCAACCUGAUUUAGGAGAAGAGUUCAUCAAUACAGUAGAGCCAUCAAAUCAAUGGAGUGAUUGGAGGGAUACAUUAGCAAACAUAAUGUUUAAUGAAUGGCAAGCAAAUAGAGGAGUUGGUGGAAAUCCUCCGUAGUUGAGAUAGUUUAUUUAAAUAUUUUAUUUGUAAUGAUGAGAAUCUCGUCUAUUUUCAUAAUUGAAAAAUAUGU